CCACGUUUGACACUUAAUCGUUGACGGGGAGGGGAGACGUUCCGACUUGCUGCUCUCUCGAGCCCGCCAGUUGCACUCUGCGCGCAAUUGCAUCAAUUUCUCGCUGUUCGCGGGUAACGCGCAUGUCAUCCGAAAUGUCAACAAAAAAAAAAUCGAUUGCGGCCGAGUGCAGCCGAGUGCAGUACACACUCCAGCAUCUCGGUUGCGAUUCUGAGAAGCGAAAGUGGCUACAGAUGGCGCGCAUCGUGUUUCGCGUGCGAAAACGUCACGUGACACAUGUCAGUUUAUUGUCACUAGAUAGUGGCUUGAAAACGGCGAUCAUGACUCCUCUGUCGGCUUGCGAUCAUAUUAGGCAGUAUUGCAAUUGGCAACGGGUCAAACACAAGCCCCCGAGAUAAGUGAUUAAAAAAUGGCAUCCGCGCCGACGUCGCACAAUGAGGUUCCCCAGGAAUUUUCUGUCAACAAACUUAUACGUGUCGGUUAUUACGAGCUAGAAAAGACAAUUGGCAAGGGAAAUUUCGCCGUGGUUAAAAUGGCCACUCACGUCGUAACGAAAUCUAAGGUUGCUAUAAAAAUAAUAGAUAAGACUAAGCUAAAUGAAGAAAACCUAGCAAAAAUAUUUCGGGAAGUACACAUAAUGAAAAGGUUACGACAUCCACACAUUAUAAGACUGUACCAAGUAAUGGAAACAGAAAAAAUGAUUUAUCUAGUGACAGAAUAUGCUCCUGGUGGAGAAAUAUUUGACCAUCUUGUUCGCAAUGGCAGAAUGCCUGAACCAGAAGCACGAAGAAUUUUUCGUCAAAUUGUAUAUGCUGUUCAGUACUUGCAUCAGCAGAGAGUGGUUCAUCGAGAUCUUAAGGCUGAGAAUUUAUUGCUUGAUGCAGACAAUAACAUAAAACUUGCUGACUUUGGAUUCAGCAAUGAAUAUACUCCUGGUGUUCCUCUGAAUACGUGGUGCGGAUCACCACCGUAUGCUGCACCUGAAAUUUUUGAGGGAAAACAGUAUGACGGGCCCAGAGCUGACGUAUGGAGUCUUGGCGUUGUCUUGUAUGUACUAGUAUGUGGUGCUCUACCAUUUGAUGGACCUACAAUGCACUUGUUACGAUCUGUAGUUGUCUCAGGGAAAUUCAGAAUUCCUUUUUUUAUGUCUGCAGAGUGCGAAAAAUUGAUCAGGCAUAUGUUAGUGGUAGAACCAGAGCGCCGUUUAAGUAUUUCACAAAUCUUAGCUCAUUCGUGGAUGGGUGGAGAUGGAGUAGUGGAAUUAGAACCUGGAGGAUGUACCUCUGAUGUGAGCGUAUCACCACAGUUAAAUCAAUUAGUAAUAGAGAGUAUGCUAAGGUUGCCUGGACUUACCGCAGAUACAUUGUUACAAGCCAUCAAAGGAAAUACUUUCGAUCACGUGUCGGCAAUAUAUAAUUUACUUGUCGACCGAUUAGAAUCGACUAUGCCUAAUUUACCCAGUAUCCAAAGUAUACCGGGUGAUUAUUUGCCAGAUGGUGCACAUCAAUUGGAAAAGUUUGGCGAAGCAGAAGCAGAAGUAGAUGAUAAGAGUACUCUUUAUUUGCCACUUGGGACUUCGUACCACACAACAAGAAGACAUACAGUCGGACCUGGUGACGCGGUGCAUCAGCCAUCUACGUCAUACCCUUACAAUCACAUGUCAGGAUAUCAAACAUUACGGCCUUUUCCAGUUCUUCAUUGUAAUAUGGAUCCUCAAGUUUUACCACACACAAAUUUACCACUAAAUCUUCCUUUAGUUCAACAUCAACCGCCUCAAAACUUCCAAAUAAAAGACCAGCAUUUAUUAAAACCACCUCCUGUAAUGGGUGCCACUGGAAGCUUCGGUAGAAGAGCUUCGGAUGGUGGAGCAAAUCUUCAUAUAUUUCAUCAACAACACAGUAAUAACGUUACCAGCGACGAAGAUAGUGGUUGGAGUCAACCUGGUAGCAGAGAACAAUUACAACCUUUACAGAGUGGCAGUUCAGGUUUAGUACAAUGUGCUCAGUCGUUAAAUGUUGGCGUUAGUACUACAAACGGAGACGGAAACAACAACACCUGUAGCAACAGCAGUGGCGGAAAUAGUGAUAGAAGAAGAAGAUCUGGUUUAAGCACCGUUAUGCAACGGCCAGUUAUAAAGCCAGAACUGGUAAUGGAGGUAGAAGCUAGGAUGAAUAGAGCUUAUCUACCAUCACGACUGUUACCACCUCAUCUUAGAGGAUCGACACAUCCACACCACAGGAAAUCUUCAUUAUUUCAAACUAGUGCUGUAAACAAUUCGUAUAAAGAGCCAAGCAGCCAUGUCGCUGCUGAAAGAUACUCACCUGUUCGUCGGGCGUCGGAAGGGUCAGGUGCUCCAGGACCAGGCAUUCAAACUCUUCAACAAGAAUAUCAACAAUUACAAAGAUUAGCAUCUCCUUCACAUAGUCCUGCAAGUAUUCCUGGUUCUCCGGUGCACGAGAGAAAUGUAGCAGCAAUUACACAAGGUCUCAGUGGUUUAACUACAACGUCAGUACAGGGUAGUAUUGUACACGGUACGCCGGCACAACCACCGGCAACACCUUUAGACUUAAGUCCACUCAGGCAUCAUAGAUCACCCGCUACUACCCCUGUAAAUUACUCCCCCAGUAACAGUCCGGCGUUGGAUAUGAUACAAGAAGAACAUCAUGUAGAAGUACCGAGGGUACCACCACAAAUUUCAGUGACGGAUGUUCUUGGGGGGCAGGUGACGUUAGUUAGUUGCUCGCCCUCUCCGUCUCCGUCACCUGAUUCGCUCGAAGACGCGUUACCUCGUUAUAACAACACUCUUCCGAGUUUCACAAUUACAGAAGUGUGCGAUACUUCGAGACCCAGUAUCACACGCGGCAUUGGUAGAACACUCAGUAUGAUACCUACCGAAGUUGAAGUCACACUGUCCGACGAGUCAAGCAGAUUGAAUUCCGAGGCUAUAUUAGGUCGUGUAAAACAAAUAAUAGACGCGAGAGCGCCACCGAAAGGUUUCAUAUUCUCGAAUGAGGAGGUAAAAGGUAGCGGACUUAGUUUAGAAUAUCCGGGUGGCGUACAAAUCGAACUCAGAGUAUGUGAGUCGGAAGAGCGGGAAGCGAAGGGGAUAAAAAUGCGUAGGAUUAGCGGGGACCACAUGCGAUACAGUCAACUUUGUCAAGAAUUGAUUUCGUGUAUUACUGUUUGACGACAACCAUCAUAUAAUGUAACUUUUUUAUACCUUACGUUCAUAUAUACAUAUAUAUAUAUUUAUGUACGUGCAUAUAAAUAUAAAUAUAUAUAUAUAUAUAAUAUGUGUAUACAUUCCUAGUGUACAUACACUGUUCAUCACAGUAUUGCACAUACAUGCUGCAUACACACAAACGGUAUUUUAAAAAUUGUCAUUUUUCAUGUUAUUAUUGUAUAUUCAUAAUAACCAUUCAGUAUACUAGUUUUUUUUUUCUUCUCAUGUUAAUUGCUUCGAGAAACUACGAGCCGUCUUGUUUGUAAUCGAUCGUGAUCUUUCUUACAAACAAGAAGAAUAUGUACGAAAUAUAUUGUAAAAAAAUAUGGUUAUAUUGACCAUGUUCAGCAGACUGAGCAGAUCAGUGAGCGCUUAGUGAUUCUUCAAUAUGAUUGGUUUCUACACUUAGAUCCAGCGAAGAUCUAUAGGCAAGAUUCAAUCAUUAAAGAAUCACUAAGCGUUCACUGAUCUGCUCAGUCUGCUGAACGUGGCCAUUAUAUACAUACGUGUUUAUGUAUAAAAACAGUGUAUAAUCAUAUCUUUUGAAAUACUUACGACUAUCAUGUGUGCACAUGUUUAAUCUUCGAAAAGUAUACGUUUUUUCAUCCUCGUUACUUUUUAUCGAUACGGGUAUUAGGAAAACACAUUGAUCGAGAGCGAGAGAAAAUUUUUACUCAAAAUUUGUUUACACACCAGUUAUAAAAUAAGGGUUAACGUCCGAAUGUACGGAACAGAUCGCUGCGAGUUUAUUCUGUAACUUUCAACGUGCAAAAUGUAUCAGACAAAAUAGUCGCGCAACGCAAUUGUCGUUGUAAGUUACAGAAUUCGGGGAACGGGGGGAUUGGUUUGUUUGACAUGCAUUUUACUCAUGUUGACACAUUCGCGAACUUUUGACGUAAGACAACUUUCGUGUCUGAAAAACAAAAACUGUCAACAUAGUAAUGUCUUCGUGAUUUUUGUUAAUUCAAAAAUCUUUAAUUGUUAGGUUCGAAAUAGUAUAUCACGCAAUCCGUUUAUUUCAACGCAUCGAACAAACGUUAAUAUUGUUAUGUAUAGGCGUGCGGGAGAAUCUUGUAACUUUAAGUUUUAAGAUCGCGCCAAAAGCAACGGUUCGAAAGUGAUAUAAUUUAAUAUGAAUCGAGCGUUGUUGUUGUUUUGUAUCAUAAUUUUUAACGUUUCUCUCUUUCCGUCUAUGUUCUUGAUGUUAGAUAUACAAUCGUAGACAGGCAAUUGUAAAUUGCCUCCUUUGUAUUAUUGGAUAUUUGUUAGAUUAUUAAUUAUACGCGGAGAAACGAGAGAUAAGAACUAUUAUUAUAUUACUAUUAAUUAUCAUUAUUAUUAUUAUUAUUGCUAUUAUUAUUAUAUUAUUUGUACUGAAGAUAUACAAAUGAACAUAGCUAUCUCUUUCCUUGUGCCACGUACAAUUUACAGCAUGAAGCAGAUCUACAUAGCGCGCGUGCAAUUUUACUAAAGAAAUAAAUAUAGUCAUGAUGUAACAGAAACUGGUGACUUCAGUGAAUGAAUGAUAAUUACAAGAGCGUUCACACACUUCGACUGCAACGUGUGUAUAAAAUAAAUUAAACAGUUUAUAAAUAUGCGGAAGAUGUGUUAACAUGCAAACAGCAAUAUUUCGGUUAAAAAGGUAAUUUUCAUGUAUAAUCAACAAUACAUGUGCAAUGAGUUUUAGUAUAGUAAGACAAUUAUGUACAUAAAUUUGUGUUGUUAGAAAGCAAGUUGAUGAAUGAAUGAAUGUUUUGUUUUACUGUUAAUACAUGCAAUCUGCUUUUUAUUAUUUCUUAUCACUGAAAACUUUUUUUACAUUUUGUGAUAUAUAAACAAUGCAAACUAUUUAAUGUUAUCAUUUUCUUUUAUAUAUAAUUCUUUUAUUCUUUAUCUACUCUUUUUAUUUUAAUAAAUCAUAAAAUUGAGUUUUUUUGAGGGUCAUAUACAUUGCGAUAGAAGGUUUUGAUAUUUAUUCAUUAAAAUUAAUUUAAAAUUAAAUGAUCAUUUGUGUCCGAACACAAAAUCGUCCAAUUUCUUUCCUUUAUAAAAAAAAAGUUUUUGGACUCUGAGCUGAAUAUGAUCAUCAGUUUUUUUGUAUUUUUCUUAUUAUGUGUUUACUUUUUA